AUGCGGGCCGAUAUCUUGAGGACACCGCAGCCGCAAGUGCUGUGCAGUGCUUGUCCUGCCCAGCGGGGACUGCUUCUGCGGCAGGAUCCUCGCAGUGCAGCCUCUGCCGCUGGGCAAGUCAAGCCGUCCAAGAGGGAAAAGCUGCCCCAGCUCCACUUCAGUCGCUUCAAACGUUCUCCUGAAUGUCGUCGCUGCCCCAUCGUAGCCCCUGCGGUGGAUGCAGACGGCGCCAUGGGAUGCUGCCCGACGAACUCGGAGAAGUGGCCCGGUGGUGGAGACUCCAACCUGAUGUUGAGUAUGCCUCCUGGGAAGAUGCUCACAGAGGUCCAUGCGGUGGGCGGCUGCGAGGACGACAUUGACCCGGAGGAUCCCACAACGGACGACCUGGUGAUCCGAACCAGCCGGCCCCUUUUCGAGGGGACAAACUCGCUGUCCUUCGCCACAAUCCGGCCGUCAGGCAUUCACAGCUGUGUGCGCGUGGAGUGCGGCUACAACAACACCUGUACACACAUCAUGCCCGAGACCGGGGACUUCAUGCCAGGGCUCUUCCUGGAGGCCUCUGCGAGCGUGCGGGUCCUGACUCUUGCCACUGGAGGCUCCGUGACGACGUUCCAGUGCCCGAACACUGUGAGAAUUGGCUUCGUCGGCUUCGGAUGUGAGCCGGGUACGAUCCUGAUGUUCGCCCUGGCACACCUCUUUGUGGUGUGCGCCACCAUCUUACUUGCCAUCUUGUUUGAAUUGCUGCUGCGACGGCGCGUGGAUGUUUAUGUUGAGCUCGCCCUGAACGUGUCGACCCGCGAUCGUUCCGCGGAGAUUACGACAUUGCCAGCAAUUUCCGUUGGCAUGACGUAUGGGAUGUAUGGCUUGUGUGUGGAAGGCGUUCCAGAUGUGCUGCUGCACUCUCAAACCAUGGCAGGGUCCAGGGCAAAGCGGCCAAGACUUGAAGAAGUUAUGGCAAGUGCCUGUGAUGUCGCCACGCCCCAAAAAGUCCCCGAAAAGGGCGAGAAGGAGGCCGUGGUGCAGAACUACGUGGACCUUCGGAAGGCCCAGAAGACACGGGUGGUGAAGUUCCCCUCGCUUCUCUCUGAAGCCGACCUUCAGCAGGUUUUGCGCUGCCAUCGUGCAGUCCUCGACUCUGGCGACCCUGCAGUGACCAACCCACAGAACCGCCAGCACAAGAGGAAGCGGUGCUUGUUCCUACAUGGCCAGGCGGUGCCGGAGGAGGGCCAGCUGCUGAGCAGAGCACCAGGAGUUCUUCGGAAGAUGCUUCGAGCGGCCGUCUCUGCGCAACAGGAGGGUCAAUGGGGCAGUGCAGAAGACCGGGGAGGGAGCGAGGCCGAUGUGGACUCUGCGCUGUCAGGCAUCGAUGUCCGGCGCUGCUCGAUUCGCGUGGUGGAGCUCUGGGAGUACGAAUCUGGCGGUGGCCUAGUCGAAGAGUACCAUUUCGAUGCCGGGAGCAUAGUCACCAUCGUCGGCUUGGUUAAUGACAAGGAGGAGUUCACAGGCGGCCAGUUUCAGACCAAGGAGCCGGAUGGACACCUCGAGACGCAUGAGUUGUCCAAGGGUGACGUUAUCUGCUUUGUGUCGCACAAGUAUCACAGCAUCACGCCAGUCACUUCAGGAUCGGGGGGAUUGUCGCAGAAGCAGGAUUGGAACAACCUAAUCCCUAGGUCAGUGCUUGCGUGGGCCUUGGAGCAGUUGUCCUGCAAAGCCGUGGAAGGUAGUUGCAGAACCAAGUUUGCCAACACUUGCACAAGAUGCAGGACAGAGAUGGGCAUGGCCGCAUGGAGACAGCCAGAGCGGAUGGUGGAGGAACUUUACACUUUCGGCUCUCCUGGUGCGUCGAAGAGCAUCUUACUGGACAUGUCCAGGGAGGGAGGAUGCAUCGCUGGCUUGCGUGUGUACACGAGGAGCGAGCGGCCCGGGUGGAAGGUGAACACGCCCGUAUACGACCCGGUUACUUGGAUCACUGAGCAGUUCGGCUUCCGCCACGCACAGAUGGCCUUCUUGGAGCUUUCCGAGCAGAACCUCCUCGAGAGUGACAUGGGCCCUUGUCGUGCAUCUGCCUCUGACCCCCACCACGAUGACUUCUGGUGGAUAGCUGGGCAUAGUUCCUACGAGGCCAUCCUGAAGCAUCAUCUCUUGGCGCAGGCCCCGACUGGCGAAAAGCCGCUGCCGGCCUCAUACGAUGGCACCGGCACCUUGACACUCCUGCAGAAGGCAUAUCUCAUGGUACAUUUCACCUUCGUCAUCUAUGCGCCCGAGAUGCAAACCAUGCACAUGGACGCGAGACUCUGGGGAUGGAACCUGGUUGGCUAUGCGGAGUCGCUCCCAUACGCAGACAAGGGCAGCCUCGUCCAGUUUCACGACCAUGCCGCGCUGUACCAGCACCCGAGAAGCCUGGAAUGUGCUCUCGUCUUCGAGGGCAGCACCUUGGCCAGAC